AUGCAGCCUAAUCAGUCACCUGCCUCAGGCGCUCCUCCCUCCUCUCUUGCAAAACGCACUACUGGUGCAGCGGGCACUUCUGCGGGUUCUCUCAACCCCACCCUUCACAACACUCGUGGCGCCGCCAAAGCUGGUCGCACACUUGCCGCUACCGAGUCCGAGACUCCGGAAGCCGGAUUUUCUCUCGGAGACAAGGGCAAAGAGCGCGAAGACGCCAACUCCGACUCUACUGCACAGGCUGCUCCUGUCCCUCAUACCUCCAACUCUACUGGUGAUACCAUUCCUUCAAUCAACAUUACUCCUCUCGGCGACGCUCCUGAGCCUCUUCUUCCUCAGACGCCCUCCUCUCAGAUCAACUCUGCUCCACCCGCGCACACGGCUGCCGAUACUACCGGGAUCCCUAUCUUCGACGCCAAUCUCCAGGCUGCCAUCGAAGCCUCCUUGCUCUCCAAAUUCACUGAGAUGUUGAAGGCAUCACAGGCCACUGCUCCGCUUGUAGACCCGACCUCUAAGCCUCCUGGCCUCGAGAAUCCAACCUACCCCGGUACAGUGCCCGUUAACGACACCCCUCAAGCUAAGCCUUUUCCUUCGUACGAUGAGCUUCAUGAUGUCUCAUGUCAGCUUAAUCAGGCUAGCGAGGAACGCGACAGGGGUUGGAAUUCUGUAAAGGACCUAAAUACCAAGUAA